AUGGAAAGCCCGACCGAGAACCCUACCAGGGCUGCGGAAUAUUUGAAGGAGCUGAACAAGAUCAUCGAGACCCAGCAGGAGUUACUGGAGAGGCAGAGGGGGAGAAUAGAGGAGCUGGAGCAGCAAGUGUCCGAUUUGUGCACGGAGAACGCCUGUCUGAAGGAGCAGUACCAGCGGCACCUGGCUACCUGCAGGCUGCUGCAGGCGGGCAGCAACAGCCUGGUCACACUGGGAGCCAUCAAGGAACAUGCCACACAGGAAAAGUCUGAAUGUGACUCUCCCAGAAUGGUCAGGAGACAUGCCUCACUACCUGCCGAAGUCACAGAAAAUCCUGGGAGGCUGGUGUCUGUGGGCUGCAGGAAAAUCGUCCCCUGUCGCAAGUGGAAGUCUGCUUCCUUUGGGUACAGAUUGGAAGAUCCUGCAUCAUGGCAGAAGGGGAAUGAUUUCCGAGGUUAG